CACUAAACUUAGUCCCGAAGCCCACUCCGCGCGGUCCGCCCGUUUCCCUCCAUUUUGUACAUAUUUUUAUUUUUUAAUCAUAAGUUCAGAAACUGCAUGGUGUUUUGUUUUUAAUUUUGGUGUUAUUUUUUUAAUCGAGCGGGAAACGAAGUGCAGUGCAACUCGAUUUGAUUCGAAAGUUCGGAAUUUAAAAUUGUGUUUCGGGUGACGAUAACCGACAUAAUUUAGCGAUUGGAUGUUAUUAAAGGAUUCUUAUUGUCAAGAAUCCUGAACGCACCCGACAGCGAAUCGAACGAACGAAGUAGCGACGCAACAAGGCGUAGGACCGCGGGCGGACGGGCCCGACAACGACUGGUGACGUCACAAGAAGGCGGCCACCGACUCUUCGACCUCCAGCGUGACAGCGGGAGACGAGCACCGGCGCACGGUGGACGACGCCUUCCUCAACAAGAUGAAGAGCCUCGUGGAGCGCCUGCGCGCCGACAACCACACCCUGAAGACUUCCCUCGACGUCGAGCGGAGCGGCGUCAGGGCACUGAAGGCCCAGCACGAAGCCGCAAUCAGAAACCUCAAGACUGAAUACAGAAAGAAGGAAGAGUUCCUAGAGAAACAGCUGCGAAUGAUCAUGCUGCCGGACAAGCAUAAUGAUGAGGCGCCGGCGAAUAAGCUCGUGGAAUUGAAAAGGCUUUCCACUGAGAUUCAGUCGUUGAAGGCGGCUAAUAGAGGUCUUCAAGAGAAACUCAAGGUGGCGGCGGCGGCAGAAAGCGCUCGAGCGGCGGAGCUGCGCGCGCAGGCCGCGAGGCACGCAGCGCUCGAGCUGGCUGCCCAUAGAGACGCUAGAGCACAGUGCCAUAAACUGCUGGAGGAAAUCAAAUCGAAGGAGCGACAGAUAAUACAUCUGCAACGGGAGGCGGCGCGGCCACCACCUCGCGAUGAUCAGGCACAGAGGAUGGACCUCAGAUCUUCCGAGCUCAACAAGAAAAUACGUCCUGAUCAGGGGAAGGAGAAAAGCAAUCGAGAAGAUUUGAAAACAGACAUCCAACACAGAAAAGAGACCUUCUAUCGGGGGGCGCCGCCGUCGGAGUGCGACUCGGCGGUGUGGUCCGCGCCGCCCUCGCUGUCGCCGCAGCCCGCCGACAUGUGGUCGUGCACCCAAUGCCGCGCGGCAGAGGCGCGCGCGGGCGCGGCGGCUCGCGAGGCGGCCCGGCUCGGCGACGCGUUGCGAGACGCACGGGACCAGCUCGAGCUCAUGGAGUUCAGGAUACUGGAGCUGGAGGAUGCACAGCCGGACAAGAUCGCGCGCGACAACCUGACCGACUCGGACUCGGGCUGCGUGUCUCCCGGCUCGCGCAUCAAGGACUCCGCCUCGCCGGAGCUGAAGCGCAGCGACUCCGGCUACAAGUCGCCCCCCGCCAGCCCCGCGCCCCGCCGCGCCAUGCACCACCCCGCUCACGACGAGUUUAAAGACGAAUUCGCGAAGGCGCAAGUCCUCGCUGAUAUCCUCGACCGGAACUCUGACACCAGUGAUUCGCUUCGUAGUAACCCUGUGAAGGAGCAUUUGGAGCAGAUGAUACUGAAUGCGGGGUCGGCGGAGGAUAGGAGUUGUUUGGAGCAGGUGCUGAUGCUACUGUAUAACUACCAGGCGCUCAGCAGCUCGGUCAGCGAGGAGGAGUUUCAGAUAAAACCGAAGAGAUUGUGCGAUCUGAAAUCGAAAAUCGACUCUGAAAUCCCAUCGCUGAAGACUCACAAAGCGAUAGCGACAGUGUCCCCAUACUCACAGCAACAGAAGGGGUACAAAUGCGAGUCUCUAGAGAGUCUCAGCGAUGAAAGGAAACCAACCAACGUGCUGCAAGAGAGCGGCAUAUUCGAAGACGCAGAAACAGAAUCCAUAGGCACACAGACAGACAUCAACGAGAGCUUUGAAUGUACCGGUGAACUGAACACCGAGAUACAGCGACUGAAUAGUAUAAGAGAGAAGUUAGAGAGACAAGGGAGAAAUAGGAGCCUAGGGUCUAAAGACGAGGCUGAUGGUCUCGAGUGUCGGUGCGUGAAGUUGGGGAAGAAACACAAGCAGUAUUACGAGAGGAGGCUGAAGUUCCUGGAGGGAAAGAUCUCCAUCUACGAGGCCGCGCAGGACGUGAAGAAAGCUAAGCUGGCUGAGCGGCUGCAACACGAGUUUGUUUUAGAGAAUAGGAUUCAGGAGCUGGAAUCGCAACUAGCAGAGCUGCAGGACAAGUACGAGCGGCUCGAGGAGGAGUGCUGCGAGCUGGAGGAGAUCGAGAACGACACGCGGCUGCACUGGCAGCAGCUGGAGAUGGACUACGAGCUGUGCACGUCGCAGCUGCGCGACCUCACGGAGCAGCGCGAGUGUUCGCGCGCGCACGCCGAGCGGGUCAUCGGGGAGCUCACGGAGAAUGAGGGCAAGCUGAGGGCUAGAGAGCGCGAGUUGCAGUCAACACUAAGCCGCCUGGAGCGCGCGGUGCCGGCGCUCAUCGCAUGGAACGUAGUACAAGUGCUGGGAGCCAGCGUGCCCACGGGCGGGAAGCGUGCACUGAUGGAUCGUAUCGGUGGCACAUUGAACGAGAAGGCAAGAUCUAUCGUCCCCUCGAAGAAAGACUACGAGUGUCGUAAUGUCAUCAUCACCGAUGUUACCGAUGGCCCAAGUCCUUUAGAGAAAGAACAUCUUAAGCUCUUGGAAGAAAAGAAAAAGGUAGAAGAGAAAGCUGAAGAAGUUAAACAGAAGUUGCAGGAAAAGAUCGAUGUAUUGCAGGAUGAGGUCGAAUCUCUUAGAAGAAAGCUCGCCACCGCUGACAUGGUAUCCCAGAGGAAGGAAGCUGAAAUUGAAGUUAAGCUGAAGGAAUUGGAAGACAAAAUGCGGAAACUAAAGGAGAAUGAAAAGGUGCCAGUAGACCCGCUAACGAUACACAGACUGCAGACGCUACAGCAGAACGAACAAGAGCUACUUACCAGGAUCGCAGAACUCGAGCGGAGAGAGGCGGCGUAUCUGGAGAUGUUGACGCAAGCCGAUGACAUGUGGGCAGAGAUGGAGGGCGGGUACAAGAAGAAGAUUGAGGAGUCGCAGCAGACUGAGAAGACGUUGAUGAACAAGGUUGUAAAACUGUCCGAAGAGAAGGACGAAAUAAAAUCAAUCAUCGAUCCACUGAAAAAGAAAAUCAAGGAGACGGAAUCAUCAGAGUCGGCCCUGCGAGUGGCUCUAGAGAAGGCGGAGAGAGACGCGACAAUGCUCAAAGUUCAAAACUCAAGUCUAGCUGGCAUGUAUGAGAAAGCUACCACCGAGAUCAGAAAGUCAGAGACAGAGUUGCGGUCCCUUGAUACUAGAUUUAAGACUGAACUGGAUCAACUUCGUAAAGUAAACAAACAGUUGAUAGAGGACCUGAAAAUUCACAAAGAGUCAUCGAAAUCCAUGGAAAAGGGUUUCGUUGGUGAUUUAGAUACUAUCCGAAAGGAACUCAGCAGAAGUUACAAAAACAGUCAAGAGUUGGAAACUACCAACAGUGAAUUGAAGGAGGAGGUGGAAUCUCUGGAAAAGCAACUUUCGUUGACGCAGAAGGCGUUGUCUCAAUGCAAGCGAAGGUGCGACGAUAAGAUCAAGACUUUGAGUCACGAGUUGUCGAUAAAGACGGAAGAGUUAGAAGAGUUGAGGAGUGAGACGAUGCGGCAGUCUCUGCAAGCGUCAAGAAUAGAUCUGAAGCCAGACAGGACGGAGUACAUCGACGAGGGAUACACGAUAUGCACAGCGGUACCCAAGAAGGCAGACUACGGGAGAAUGCACCACAGCAUGGGCUAUCUCAGCUCCGACGCCCGCUGCUCUUGCCCAUCAAUGAGGAGUCAUCUAGUCGGGCAACUGAUCGAGGACUUAUUCGACCGAAUCCACAACACAGUCGACGACGACCUCACAAGGCUCUGCAAGGAUAUAGUCCCGUCCAAUGGGAAAGUAGAAGUAACAGCGGAAACCAAAGCGAAAAUAACAAAUUACCUCUUAAUGGCGAUAUCGAAGGAGCUGGUCAGGUCGAUAGGGGACGCCGAUGCCAAAACAGACUCGGAGGACUGGCAACGUGCGGUGUCUUCCAUAACGUUCCCCAACUAUACCUCCGAGGGGCGUGGCGACUUCGCCUCGCUGCGAUUGGAGGGCAACGCGGGCGUGUUGAACGGCGCGUCGCGAUUGGCCAGCGUGAGCUGCGCCUGCGCCGCCGCCCGGCUCUGCGCCUCCGUGCCCGAGCUGGCUGACUAUGUCAAGAACUGUCAAGAGGAAGUUUUAGAUCACAGUGAUGUUAAAAUCAUGGAGGAGCAGCUAGCGAACGCGAUAGAAAGUAUAGUUAAUUGUCCAUCUUGUGCGUUGGGCACAAAUGCGAUAGUUUGGAGCACGGAUGUUUGAAUCAGCCAUUCGUUUUAUUUAAUGUGUUUUAACCACCACCGACCUCACCCUGGUGCCUUGUUCUAGUGUAGCCAGUUUAUAAUAACGACUGUAAAUAUACGAUUAAUGUGUAAAUGAUACUCUUAAUACCUACGUAGUAAGAUCAAAUAUCGAACAACUUGUAACGUUCUUUAUAAUCUAAGCGUACCGUUUUGUUUUGAAUGUAUCUAUUAUCUAUCAAUUUUCCGUGCCAAUAAUGUUUUACUUAAUAGAUUUGUUGUAAAUAAUUGACUUUUUCGAUAAAUUAUAACGAUUUUGAUUAAUUUUUAGAAUUAUUUCUAAUCGACAUUCACAAAUUAGCGAUGGUAUGUUUAUUUUCAUUCUUGUCUAUUUCGAUGGCGUAAUUUAACGAUAAAUAUACAAUUUAUUUAAAUAA